CGAUCACCGGCUCUUGUCACAUCCUCUACAAUGGCUCCCCCUUCGCAGAAGAAACGCAGACUCGAAGAUGGUAUGCGCGGCAAGACCGAACGUCCUAAAAAGCGGUUCCGCAAACAGACGGAAUACCACAGUUCUUCGGAGGAUUCAAACGCAGAAGAUGAGGGAGGUUUUGCAGCGGUCAACCUCGACGACAGUGAUGAGGGCAUAAAGGUACACCCGGCGCGAAAGGCGAAGCGAAAAUCGGCAGAACAGCGCAAAAAGAAGGAAGAUGUGCAUGGUGAAGCGCAUGCCCAAGAUCAAGACCGCGAAGACAGCGCAGAUGAAGGAUCAGAGCAAGGAGAAGAUUUAUCAGACGACGACGACGAUGAUGAUGCAAACACAGUCGGUACAGGUGCCAACCGAAAACGAGCAAGCAAACGCAACGACCCGGAAGCAUUCUCUACCUCCAUCUCCAAAAUCCUAUCCACCAAACUCUCUCAAUCAGCCCGCAAAGACCCCGUCCUAUCCCGAAGCAAACAGGCCACAGACACGAGUACCUCCCUCGCAGAUGAGAAGCUCGAAAGGAAAGCCAAGGCCAAACUACGAGCAGAGCGCCGUGAAGACCUAGAGCGAGGAAGAAUAAAGGACGUGCUGGGGUUGAAUUCAGGCACAGCAGGAGAGAUCGCUGAGGAGGAAAAGCGCCUGCGCAAGAUCGCACAACGGGGUGUGGUCAAGCUGUUCAACGCCAUUCGGGCCGCCCAGGUCAAAGGCGAGCAGGCAGCUCGGGAGGAACGAAAGAAGGGGACGAUUGGAAUGGCCAAUCGUGAAGAGAAGGUGAAUGAGAUGAGUAAACAAGGGUUCCUGGAUCUAAUAGGAGGGAAGAAGAAGGCUACCGCAGUGCAAUAACGUAGCCCUUUG